CGCGUCAAUUCGUCCUGUUCCGUUGUGCGAAAUUGACUGGUCGCAAUGCCGCCUCGAAAGAAGACCAAGCGCGCACACUCCACCACACCUCCCGAGGAUACAGCGGCGCAAUCUAGCGCGGACACCCCCGGAUCGACCGACAGCGCCGAAAAGUCCGAGCCCAAAUAUGACUUGAUCGGCGAUCCCUGGACGGAUGAGCAAGAGACAGCGUUGCUGAAGGCAAUAAUAAAAUGGAAACCCGUCGGCGUUCACAAGCAUUUCCGUAUGCUCGCAAUUGCAGACUACUUAAAGAGCCAAGGAUAUGCGCCUUCAUCUGCAGAACACAUGCGCAUUCCCGGAAUAUGGAAGAAGCUGGGUAGCCUAUACAACUUGGAGGCCCUGGAUGAACGGGAGGACGCCGUGUUUGCGGAUACGAACGAAGAUGAUGAAGAGCCAAGUCAGAUGUACUGGCCGUUUGAGCUUCCCUACGACGAGUAUGGCGACCUCAUGUUUGAGAGACGGUUGGCGACAGAAAGCUCCUUGUCCCCGGUUACUAGUCGCCACACUGAGUCUCGACGAGGGAGCACAGUAGCAGAUACUGACGAGCCCCGCUCGUCUCCCGCCCCAUCUCGAGGCCGCAAGUACAACCGCGGCACUCGCCAGGCCGCGCGCGAAACUCGUUCGACACGACUCCAAGUUGAGAUUGGCUCUGGUAGCCAGGGCAAGGCAUCUGACGAGGACGCCGAGUCUGGAGAGGACUCCGACCUGAACGAUGAAGGUGAUGAAGAAGAGGCCGAGGAGGGUAGUGACGCCGGCAAGGACAGCGACGAUGAGGAAGAAGAGGAGAGCAGUGAUAAGGGAGGGUCAAGAAGCACGAGAGCAAAGGCAUCACGGCCGAAGCCAAAGGACACCAAAAAGGCCUCGGCAAGUACUACAACACGCCGUACCGGUCGUCGACGUUGAAGCCAAACACCAGGUGUUUCCUUGAUCUCAGUUUUUAUAUCUUGAUACCAGCGGGUUUUUGGGGCGGCGUUUGGGUUACUAUCUGAUUUGUUAUGUAUGGAGGGGCUUUUGUACUUUUACAACCACUUCUAUGAACCAAC